UAUAGUCUAAAUUGCUGUAAAUUAUAGAAAUAAAUAAUGGUAGAAUGAAAACAACAACAUGAGUAAAUUGCAAUUAAUCCCUAGCACUAGGAGAAUGAAGAGUUCUCUUAUAAAAUUGGAUGAAAAUAACAAACAAUAAUAGCACAUAAAACAUGUUUUAUAGGAAAUCUAAUGAGAUUAGUUGAGAAAAAAAAGAAAAUUAAUGGAAGUUGAAAAAAACAACAGUAGUUAAUGUUUGACCAGCUAAAAAACAGUAAUUUGAAAAGUCCGUUGGCCGUUUAUGUCAGCCUGUCAUAAAUAGUCCGUCUCUCUUCCUCUCAUUUCUCUCCUCUGCGAAUUCAAAAACUCGUUGAGCUCAGAAAAAUUCAGACAAGUCAAAUCGUAAAAGCCACAAGAGAAAGAGAGAGAGAGAGAGAGAGAGAGAGAGAGAGCUCUUCCAUCUCCUUCUCCCUGAACAAGCCUCGCUCACAAAAUCUCGGAAUCCCCUUGAACAAGCUUCCGUAGCCAUGGGGUUUGAUCCCGAGAAGCCAUCGUCUGUUUCUCUUGGACAGGUUGGUGAUUCAUCUUCAGGUGGGAUAAGCUCAGUGAAAGAACCUCUGAUCAAGGAGGAGAACCACCACAGCCCAGAAAACUACUCUGUUCUUGCAGCCAUCCCCCCGUUUCUAUUUCCAGCUCUUGGAGCUUUGCUUUUUGGUUACGAGAUUGGUGCCACAUCUUGUGCAACCAUUUCUAUUAAGUCGCCUACGCUUAGUGGAAUUUCAUGGUACAACUUGUCUUCAGUGGAUGUUGGUAUAAUUACUAGUGGCUCACUAUACGGUGCCUUAAUUGGAUCCAUUGUGGCAUUUAGUGUUGCAGACAUUAUAGGAAGAAGAAAGGAGCUGAUUUUGGCUGCCUUCUUAUAUCUUGUUGGAGCCAUUGUGACUGCAGCAGCACCUGUCUUUUCUGUCCUGAUUACUGGACGGCUUAUGUAUGGCAUCGGUGUUGGACUGACAAUGCACGCAGCUCCAAUGUACAUUGCAGAGACUGCUCCUAGUCAGAUACGUGGACGGAUGAUCUCACUAAAGGAGUUCUUUACCGUUCUUGGGAUGGUUGGAGGUUAUGGAAUAGGUAGCCUUUGGGUUACGGUUACUUCUGGUUGGCGUUACAUGUACGCAACAAUCAUCCCUCUGCCGGUUAUCAUGGGAAUUGGAAUGUGCUGGCUACCAGCAUCCCCUAGGUGGCUUUUACUGCGCUCUCUCCAGGGAAAAGGGAACGUGGAGAGCCUACAACAGGCCGCAAUCAAGUCUCUUCGCCGCCUUAGAGGGUCUGUGGUAGUUGACUCGUCCGUUGAACAAGUAAACGAGAUCUUGGCUGAGCUUUCCUCUGUGGGUGAGGACAAGGAAGCUACACUUGGUGAAAUAUUUCAAGGCAAGUGCUUGAAAGCUCUCACUAUAGCAGGAGGUUUAGUUUUGUUGCAACAGAUAACAGGGCAACCACGUGUGCUUUAUUAUGCACCAUCAAUAUUACAGACUGCCGGUUUCUCUGCUGCAACUGAUGCAACUCGGAUCUCAAUUCUGCUCGGUCUAUUGAAGUUGGUUAUGACUGGAGUUGCUGUUAUAGUGAUUGACAGACUUGGAAGGAGGCCUUUACUUGUUUGUGGUGUUAGUGGCAUGAUGAUCUCACUGUUCCUCAUGGGGUCCUACUACAUCUUUUAUAACACUGUACCAGCUGUUGCUGUAGUUGCAUUGCUACUGUAUGUGGGCUGCUAUCAGUUAUCCUUUGGACCUAUUGGUUGGCUGAUGAUUUCAGAGAUAUUCCCCUUGAAGUUAAGAGGAAGAGGAAUCAGCAUAGCAGUGCUUGUGAAUUUCGGCACAAACGCGCUUGUGACAUUCGCUUUCUCACCUCUAAAGGAGCUCUUAGGAGCUGGAGUACUGUUCUGUGGAUUUGGAGUGAUAUGUGUAGUGUCUAUCUUCUUCAUAUACUUCAUUGUGCCUGAGACAAAGGGUCUUACUCUUGAAGAAAUUGAAGCCAAAUGUCUCUAGAAAGGUGGGAACUCAUCUUCUUAGCUUCCAUCUUCACUGCUGCUUCAUUGCUUGAGGCUAUGGAUGGGAAAGGCAGUAACCAGAGGUGGUGUCGCCGCCAUUUACCGCGGAAUUUCAUUGGUCGGUAACAAAAGAAGCUCGCGGCAAAAACUUGGUUCAACUUUUAAAUUUCGAAAGUUUACUUGUAUGUUUUCUCAAAUGUAAGAAAAAUCACUAUUUUGAGAAAAAAAAUAUUUCUAUAUCAUUUUCGAGCUUUUAUAUAUUAUUUCAGUAAAUAUUAUUUGCAAUAUAAGUAUAUUUUGUUAUGUAA